GUAAUCUGUGAUCAUGUCUGGUCGUGGCAAGGGAGGCAAGGGGCUGGGCAAAGGGGGUGCCAAGCGGCACAGGAAGGUGCUCCGUGAUAACAUCCAAGGCAUCACCAAGCCUGCCAUCCGCCGCCUUGCUCGGCGCGGCGGGGUCAAGCGUAUCUCGGGGCUCAUCUACGAGGAGACCCGCGGCGUGCUGAAGGUGUUCCUGGAGAACGUGAUCCGGGACGCCGUCACCUACACCGAGCACGCCAAGAGAAAGACGGUCACUGCCAUGGACGUGGUCUACGCCCUCAAGCGCCAGGGCCGAACCCUCUACGGUUUCGGUGGCUGUCGGCUCAGUGGAUAUAUAAGGGAGCGCAGCCCUCUGAGAGCAAUAGCGUUUGCUAGUGUUAAGACAGUUACCAUGUCUGGUCGUGGCAAGGGAGGCAAGGGGCUGGGCAAAGGGGGUGCCAAGCGGCACAGAAAAGUGCUCCGCGAUAACAUCCAAGGCAUCACUAAGCCUGCCAUCCGCCGCCUGGCUCGGCGCGGCGGCGUCAAGCGUAUCUCGGGGCUCAUCUACGAGGAGACCCGCGGCGUGCUGAAGGUGUUCCUGGAGAACGUGAUCCGGGACGCCGUCACCUACACCGAGCACGCCAAGAGAAAGACGGUCACUGCCAUGGACGUGGUCUACGCCCUCAAGCGCCAGGGCCGAACCCUCUACGGCUUCGGCGGUUAAGUCAGCAGCCCUUUGCAAGCCCGCCAAAGAAAACCAAAGGCCCUUUUCAGGGCCCCC